UCUGACUCGCCCGACCAGUUAUCGUGGCUUCACAGCUCAAUGGCAUGGGCGUGAACAACACAGGCCUCUCCUUGCGCCCCGCAUCUGUGUCUCCAGAAAGAGAACAAAAAAAGGCAGCGGCAACAUAACGUUACGAAAGCCCAAAGCCCCCCAGGAGUUGUCUUCGCGCACGCCCAAAGUUCGGUUUGAAUUUUUGUUUUGGUUUCCUCCCCACUGGCUUCGUGGCUCGCGCGCGUGCGUGCGCCCUGCAUUCGGUGCGGCAUUGGGCGGCUUGCUGCCGACAAAGGUGGUGCUCCAUCCACGGAGCCUUCGUCGAGGAGUCCAUGGAGCCAGCUGACAGGUGGAGCGCUUGCAAAGUGGCCCUCGCUGCCUUGCUGCUUCUCUGCGCAGUCGGCGCUGGGACAGGCUCAAACAAUGUCUGCAUCAGUGGCCACGCACACCUGUGUCGAGAAUGCCUCCUGCUGCAUCCGGACUGUGCAUGGUGCGCAAUGAAGGAGUACCCGAGUGGGAACUCGCGGUGCGACCUGCUGGCCAACUUGGUGGAGAACGGAUGCCCACAGGAGUCCCUGGAGAAGUCCUCUAGCCACGUGCGUGUGGAGCAGAGCAAUCCACUCAGCGACACGGGAUCAGGUUCAGACAAGCAAAUCACGCAGCUCACGCCACAGAAAAUCACCCUCACCAUGAUGACAGGCGCUCCAGCCAAAUUCCAACUCAAAGUUCGUCAGGUGGAGGACUACCCAGUGGACCUCUACUACCUCAUGGACCUCUCCAUGUCGAUGCGCGAUGACCUGGACACCAUCCGCAACCUGGGCACCGACCUCUCUCGAGAAAUGGCCAAGCUGACGAGCAACUUCCGCUUGGGCUUCGGCUCCUUCAUCGACAAGCCUGUGUCACCGUUUGUCCAAAUGUUCACAGACCCCGAGCACGCCAAAAACCCCUGCCAAUUGCGCACCAAGCCACCCUUCAGCUGCCCAUCGACAUAUGGCUACCACCAUGUGCUCCCACUCACCAACGAAGUCAACAAGUUUAACGAGGAGGUGCAGAAACAGGAGGUGUCCCCCAACAGGGAUGCCCCGGAGGGUGGCAUGGAUGCCAUUUUGCAGGCUACGGUCUGCAAGGAACAAAUCGGCUGGCGGAGGGAGGCCUCCCACCUGCUGGUGUUCACCACGGACGACCAUUCCCACUUCGCUCUGGAUGGUCGGCUGGCUGGAAUCGUCCAGCCCAGCGAUGGGCUCUGCCAUUUGGACUCGAGCAAUGUCUACGUAAUGACAGACUCUAUGGAUUACCCAUCAAUUGCCUUGGUUAGUGAGAAGCUGUCAGAAAACAACAUCAACCUGAUUUUUGCCGUGACCAAGGAAUUUAAAGAGAUUUACACGAACUACACUGAGUUGAUCCCAGGAACAACGGUCGAGGUUUUGACAGCCAACUCCAACAACAUCAUUCAGCUGAUCGUCAGUUCGUACAAAAGCCUGCGCUCCAAGGUGGAGCUGGAGGUGUGGGAUCAGCCAGAGGAGCUGUCUGUCUCCUUCUCCGCCAUCUGCCAGGAUGGAAACCCCCAGCCCGGACAGAAGAAGUGCACUGACCUCAACGUGGGGGACACGGCGAGCUUCGAUAUCACAGUGGAGGCACGCGGAUGCCCGUCGCAGCCGGUGGAGAGGAUGCUGAAGAUAAAGCCCGUGGGUUUCAAGGACGCUCUGGAAGUUCGCGUGCUGCUGAGCUGCGGCUGCGCGUGUGAGAAAAGCGCGACGUCCAACAGCACAGAGUGCAAUGAGCAAGGGAAGUCCGAGUGCGGCGUGUGCCUCUGCCAGGAGGGCCGCUUGGGCUCCACGUGCGAGUGCAGCGCAGAAGGGCCCGUGGACGGCUCGAGCGGUGGCAGCGCCAACGCAACCGGGGGUGACAGCGGCCCCCUCUUGUGUGGCCCCUUGCUGCCAAACCAGCCCGUGUGCGGAGGCCGUGGAGAAUGCGUGUGCGGCGUUUGCGUUUGCUACACGAGCGAGUACGGGAAGAUUUACGGCAAGCAGUGCGAAUGCGACAGUUUCUCUUGCGGACGCCACCGAGAUCAGCUUUGUGGAGGCCAUGGGGACUGCAACUGUGGUGAGUGCCGCUGCCACGUGGACUGGUCGGGCGACCUCUGCAACUGCACGACGCGCAUGGACUCGUGCGAGUCGUCAGACGGGCUCCUGUGCAGCGGACGCGGCGACUGCACGUGCGGACGCUGCAUGUGCACCACGGCCGGCAGCUCAGGCGACACUUGCGAGCGCUGCCUCACCUGCACUGACGUGUGCACGACCCGCAGGCCAUGUGUGGAGUGCAAGAUCUACAAAGUUGGAAAGUAUGCAAAUGAGACGGACUGCUUCAAAUUCUGCAAGAUUCCCAUCACAUCAGUCGACACUCUGGGCAACGACAGUUCAGCUAUAUCGUGCAGCUACAAGGAUGAAAAUGAUUGCGAUGUACAAUUCACCUACAUGGAAGACACCUUUGGAAAGUCAUCCAUUGCCGUCUUAAACCAUUUAGUGUGUCCCGCGGGGCCCAACAUGCUGGCGGUUAUUCUGGGGGUAGCCGCCGGCAUCCUGCUGAUCGGGCUGGCCAUGCUGCUUAUCUGGAAGUUGCUCAUCAGCAUGCACGACCGUCGCGAGUUUGCGCGCUUCGAGGAGGAGAAGCUGCACGCGCGCUGGGACUCGGGCCAAAACCCGCUGUACAAGAACACCGUCACAACAUUCAAGAACGUGGCGUACAAGGGGACAGGCGCAGAAUGAGGAAUUUCAAUGCAGAAAAAUAACGCCAACAAUUUUUUUUAUUUUAUUUUAACAACGAAUUCGCUGGUUCCCAUUGUGAUGGUCAGGAUUUAAUUGACAUACAAAUGAAUGUUUUGUGCAAGCUGGACAAGGUGUAAUUUUUUAAGUGCUGUAGUCUGGGUAAUUUUCCCAAAAUUAAAUUAUGUCAUGGUAUUAAAGCAGCUAAUACCACAACGUGAAAUACUGUACCGUAUUUCUAUGCAUGAGCAAUAUAUUAUUUUGGGAGUUACAAAACAGCAGCUAAAUCUCCCGAGGCAAAUAAUGCAUAGACCGUCCUAGUCUAUUGUGUUAUUAUUGAUGAAAAUGUCACCUGUAAUCUCUUUAAAAGAGCACCAUGGUGUCUAAAGAGCCCCUUUUACACGAGCAGUUUUAGUCCCUUUAGACCCAACAUUGAAGUACAAUAGAAAUUUAAUGGGGUACUGAAAAAGCCAGUCGGCUUAAAGUGAACGUGCUGCAUUGCCAUUUCACACAAUAAGAUGUUCAUAUAUAAACUGUAAUUCUCAUGCCCCACUCCAGAUGUUCACAAUAAUAGCUGUGAAAACAUUGGUAUGCACUCAGCCAUAAAUCAAUCACCGCAAUUCACCAUUCCAAUAUUAUGGUGCACAUGGAGUGUGAGAAUAGCGCUGUCUCUUGCCAUCACUCAAACAUUCAUGCCUUCCACACACGGGAGCCGAUAACAGGCCUGCUCACUGCUUUAGACUCUCCUUUCCAUCACCAUCCCCUUUGUCAGCUGAGCAGAGAUGUUUUUUUUGUUAUGGAGUCCAAUGUCAGUUACAUCACUGUGCACAUGUACGGGAACAAAAUGCCUCGCUUUUGCCAAUAUAUGUGAACUUAAACGAGCAGGAUAUGCACCUUGAAUUUUAUAUAUUUUUUAUGAAAUUCUAAUAUGUUUAACAAUUUUAAUGUUGCUGUACAUGCAUAUGGUACAGAAUUUUCCGAAUGCACAAUUGCAGAUGCUUGUGCUGAGCCAUUUUAUACCUUAAAUGUUACCCACAGUAUAAAUCCUGUAAUAAAAUGCAAACAAGA